UUAUGAAUUGAGAGUGUUGUUCUGAACACACACACACACACACAAAAUACUUGUUUUUAAGACACACACAGACAUAGAGAAUCGCGCCUAUAGCCAUGAGCUCUACUGAAUUGUUGAACCCAUAGUGGAUCCACCAUUGUAUAUAUGGCCUAGUGUUACCGCAAUUCAUUAAUCCACUAGUGUAUGAGAUGUGGUCGUAGAAUCCAAAACUUAAUGAAAGCUUAUCGUGAUUCCGAUGAACUUUUUUCUUGGGAAUUUUCUCUUUUAAGCUUUUCGAGUCUUUUCUACCUUAGAAAAUAAAUUACUCUCUGUCCCAUUUCAUGUGAUGUAGUUUGUCUAGCAUGGAGUUGAAGAAAGAAAAAAAAACUUUUGAAACUUGCGGUCUAAGAUAAGCUAUACAUCUUCGUGUGUCUAUAAAUCUUCUCAUUAAGGUUAAAAUGGGAAGUUUAAAGUUAAGUUCUUUCUAAAUGUAGAAAAGUAUCAUUUUUUUGGGACAGACUAAAAUGGAAAGUGCAUCACAUAAAUUGGGAUAGAAGGAGUACUAUAGUUCUCAAGCUCUCUUCAAUGAAUAUUAUAUUUCACCUAGAGAAGCCUUGUCUACUGAAUUGUGUUUCAGAUUAGAUAGGAAACUGCAAAUUCACUUGUGUUCCAAUAAGUUGAUAUGACCUAUGAUCCCUAUUAGGGGAUUCAACCACAGGUCACUCCUCUUUUAAGGUCAAACUAAGCGUGGAUAAUUCAAAAUCAGAUCUUGUCAUCUUGAAGAUAAGGUGAUCUUAAUUGAAGUAGGACCAAAGGGUGCUUUCUGUUAUGUUUAGAAUGCCUAGAGCAGUCAAGGAAAAGGGAAUAGGGAAACGCAGUUUUUGGCUCUCAAGGGUCUUGCUGUUUGCAAUGAUUCCCGAUCAUUGUUUUCAGCAGCUACAAGCAGGUAGGAUCUCUGUGAACGAUCAACAGUAAUAUAGUGAGGGAUUGAGAGCAUUUAUAUUUUAAGUGACAAUUUUCUUAGAACACUUCGCCCUGAUCUUCUGAUUAUUUGCUUGCUUCUUCCAGAAUGCUAAAAUUGUGGAACCAUAAGAUUUGUGCUAAUAUGGAAGGCAACAAUAAGAUUCAGGUCAUUGCAAUUUUGGCUUAUUAAGAACACUGAUACUAACAGGAGAAAUACUGCUGUUUACAAGGAAAAUUGUUAAUCUAUCAUGAUUUCCCAGACACCAUUUUCCUUUUAUUUUAUUUGGCAUUUCUUUGUUUUUGCAGAUGAUGGAUCAGUAUGGGGCUGGGGAUACAAUGUCUAUGGACAACUUGGUUUCAAUGGAGAAAAUUCUUUGGUUCCUCAUUUAUUGGAGGGAUUCCUUGAGUUAGGUUCUCCUAAUUCAUCAGCUAGUGGCUCAGAGAGAAAGAAACUGAUGAUUUCUUCAGUUAAAGGUGGUGGAAUGAUGUCAGCGGCAAUAGACAAUCUUGGAUCUCUAUGGCUGUGGGGAAACUUUCCUGAACCACAGAAAAGCAAGUCUACUGAGAAUGAAUUCUCUCUUACUAGCAGUUGUAAUCCAAUACCUGUCUGGAAUUUCCAUGGACACACAGUUGUUAAGGUGGCAUGUGGAAAUGAGCAUGUUGUCGCAUUAGUUACUGCUGGGGAAGGUUACAAAGGGAGUAAUCUUGUUUGUUAUUCUUGGGGUGGCAACAGCCACGGGCAGUUAGGUCUGGGAGAUAGGGAGAGCAGACAGUAUCCUGAAGUUAUUGAGCCCUUUAAUUCAGAAUCCCCUUGGUCAGUGUAUGAGGUAUCAUGUGGCGCUUUCCACACAGCUUUACUAGCUCAGAAAAGUCCAAGUGACAUGUUAGAGAGUGUAUGCUGGACAUUUGGACUGGGAGAUAAUGGGCAAUUAGGUCAUGGGACAACCCAAAGUCUUUUAUCUCCUGAACCAGUGAAAGAGUUACCGCGGAGUGCAUUUCUCAUUUCUGUUGACUGCGGUUUAUUUCACACUAGUAUUGUCUCAUCUGCUGGAGAUGUGUGGUCAUGGGGAAUGGAGAAAGGCCUUGGUCUAUGUCCUGAAGCAAGUUAUAGUGGAGGUGAUGCAGGUGAUGCAAUUUAUCCUCUGUUAAUUCCCUGUGUUGGGCGAUAUGGGCCGAAAUUUCCAGAACCUGUUCAAGUUGCCUGCGGUGCAGCCCAUACCAUUCUUCUGGCAGAUGCUGGCUAUAAGAUGUGGUCUUGGGGUAGAGGAUGGAGUGGUGUCCUUGGAAAUGGCAAGAUGAUCGAUUGCUACUCUCCAACUAUGGCACUGUGGCCACCUCUAGAUGCAGAAUUUAGAGGGCAGAGUUUAAAGGAUGGUGACGAUAUAAGUAGUAAAGGAAAGAAACCUGAAGAUGUGAUAGAAUUGGAGAAGAAACUGUCUAUGGCAGCGGAGGAUGUAAGGCUUCUUCAAUCUAAGCUGUCGCUAAUGGAAAGGUAUGCUAGCAUUCUUCAUGGUGCCAUCUUCGGAAAACCUUUUGAAGAGCAAGAUAUGCCAGCCUCUUUACGGGGUGGAGGUUCAUUUGACAUUGCAAAGGAUUGGGAAAACAUGUUAGAGGCCUCGGAUCGUGGAAAGCUUGCCCGAUUGGAGAUGUUUUAUCGUAGUAUGCUAGCAGGUGUCAAAGAUAAGCUGUUGAAAAAACAGAUUCAGGAGAUCUUUUUGGAGUGUCAGAGUUCUCUGCCUUCAGAAUCUAGUCAACGAGACAAGUAAUGCAGAAUGCUUGGGUUUCAAAUUUAAGUUUACCUCAUCUUGAUUUCUUUGGUUGUGCAUAUCCAAAUUGUAAUAGAAAAUGCCUUCAUAGAUACUUGUCCAAAUAAUGAUAUGUAAAACAAAGAGAUGGAAAGUAGUUCUCAAUUAUAGAUGAACCUCUUGAUGAUUGUAAUCAGUUAACUUAAAGUGAAGCGGUUUUAUUGGUAAUAAUUUCAA